AUGCGGGAGGACGGGUUGGAAUCAGGAGAGGAUGGGGAGGAUGACCCUAUCUGUCCAAAUAUUUCUUUUUCGGCUGCAGAGGAAAGACGAUACUGUAGAGAAUUGCGCUCCGCGCUGGUGGUGAAAGUCCUUGGCCGUUCGUCGUCCUACACAGUGGUUUCUCGCAAGCUUAAUGCCAUCUGGGCAAAGGCGGGAACGAUUCAGGUAGCAUCGGCAAAGAAUGGGUAUUUCCUCGUGCGAUUUACUAGUGGAAUCCACUAUGAUAGAGCCUUCACAGGCGGACCAUGGAUAGUGGGGGACCAUUAUCUGACAGUUCACACGUGGGAUAAGAGCUUCAAUCCCUAUAACCAUGAGAUUUCCUCCACCCUAGUGUGGGCUCGACUACUAGACAUACCAGCACAGUAUUUUCAUACGGAGGCUGUGAUGAAGAUUGGAAAACGCAUUGGGAAACCGUUACGUGUGGACCAAGCAACCAGCACCGGAGCUCGGCUAGAUUAUGCUCGAGUGUGUGUACAAGUUGACCUUACUAAACCCCUGCUUUCCCAGUUCAGGAUACACGGGAUCAAGUACUUCAUUCAAUAUGAGGGCCUCGAUAAGAUAUGCCUCAAGUGUGGGAAGUUCUUUGACCAUAUUGGAUGCCCUUGCUCUUUCCCAGAGGUGCAGCAAGGAGAAGGAGGUACGAAGCCGCCAGAGACCCCCAGUGAGCCAGAGCCGGAAAAGGUGUACGGAGUAUGGAUGAUUGCGAAGAAGAAACCACGGGCUGGCCGCCAGGAGAACAACUCGAAGGGAAAACAGAUUGCGCAGCAUGAGACUCAAAACAAAGUUCCCCACCAGAGCGGCUCGCGCUUCACGGCAUUGGUGAACGAGGAAGUGAUGGAGGAAGAUGGUGCUCAAGUUGUGGACACUACCCAGGAACGGCCAAAACACGGUCGUGGACACGGCCGUGUCCUUUUCAUCCCGUCCGUGUUUUGCAAAGUCACGUGGGAAAACUUAAAUUGUCGUGGGAGAAACACACCCGUUCCAAGGAAAACACGGUCACUCCCAAGAGGGGACACGACCGUGUUUCAGUCGUGUAGCGCCCGUGUUUCAGUCGUAUAG